AUGGCAAGAACAGGUGCUCUUGAACGAGUGGUUUCCGUACUCUUGCUUGACCGUAUUUUGUUUUUGAAUGUGUUUUUUCACAUGCGCAGAAGACGGAGACUUGUCAAACUAAAACAUGAUGAUGACACAGUCAUCUUUUUAGAGAUAGAGAAUGACGCUGAAACAGCGAAAAGAUUAUUUCGCAGACUCUGGGGCAUAAAGGCCAUGCCUUUGGCGCCUUUGAUAUCAUUGUGCUUCGAUACUGUGGGUUUAGGAAGGGCCCAAAAGGUAAAUUCAUCAUACCAGGGUCAUUGA